AGAGAGUGACGAAAUGCUGCAAUCCAAACUUGCUUCUUUCGAUUACGAAAUCAGAACGUUGGUGCAAGAAGUAGAGAAGCAUACGAAGGACUCCCACAGAGCAACACAGAACAAAGAGGCUGACCAAGCCAUGCUGCAACAGAAGCGUCUGGAUUAUGAACGCUUGAAGCUGGAGUUGGAGAGUCAUAUCAAAAGAAUCAGCGACGGCAUGGAUCUACUGGCAGUACUCAAGAAGAAGUUUGAGAUGUCUCUCAACGCUGUGGAUGGAGAUCUCGUGAGUGAUUUAGAAAGCGACAACCACGAACUGCGACAGGCUGUGUUGUUGCGGUUCCAGGAAGCACUUAUACACCUGCAGAAAGCCAAGCAAGGAGAGCUGGAGGAUGCUCGGGCGGCACUGGAGGCACAUCAGACGGACACCAACAAGACGAUCACCACCAAGGAGAAUGAGCUACGCGCUAAGAACCACGGCACCGAUCUUCUGAAGCAAAAGCGGGCGACAGGCGUGUCUCAACUGACCGAAGUAACCGACAGUCUCGCUGCACUUCCCCGUCGGUCUACGACUGUUGAGUUGGAGAUUGCCGAAAGCAACGUCGAAAAUCUG